AUGAGCGCCGCGAAAUUAUCUUUCUCAUUUCUCGAUGGUUUAUUUAUUUUUUUCCUUUCUUCCUUUUUCAUUUCUUCAGCCCUCUUAAUCACGUUCGUCAUCGAACACGAUGUUUAUCGAUUGAUCCUUUGACGCGAACUUCUAGUUGUAAACUCGCUAACGCGACGUAUAAACGAGGAUGAUACACGAUCGAAGACGACGAAUAGGAUGAUCGGUGGUCGUCAAAAUAGUCGUUAACGUUAUCGUUGGACUUUUCAGGUGCCGAGCAACUUCAGGUUCGUCGUCGAGCAAACGCUGAAAGAGUUCUUCAAGGCGAUUCAGAGCGGCAAGGACACCGAACAGAGCUGGAAAAAGUCCAUCUACAAAGUGAUCUCGAGGCUGGACGACCCGGUGCCAGAGUACUUCAAGACCCCGAACUUCCUGCAGCAGCUCGGUUAAAUCAGGAGGUCGCGUGGCUCUUGCUCUUCGUGGUGCGCGGGCUCAUCAGCGCUCGUCGGCUCCCG